GUAAAUAGCAUCGGAUUCCGUCUAAGCGCUGAGAAUGAAUGACGGGCGGGCUCGCUGGACCGAUGUGCAGAACGGGCAGAAGUCAGGCUUUCAGGAUUGACCGACGUCUCGGACCAGGUAACCCUGGCCCAUGAUCAGACUAGUUCUUCUUGGAGACCUUGUGCAUGAAGGGCCCCUUGGCCAGCAUACAGAAUAUCGAAUCUAAUGGUCAGCAUCCUGGGAGCGUCCCGAUUUAGUCCUUCUCCACGUUCCUGCUUCAACACUCGGGAAGCCCAGUGUCUCGGCAUGCAAGCAGAAGAAACACGAUGCUUCUCCAACACAGAUCCAUCACGGGAGAAUUUGAGCUCAAAACUGGCUCUUACCCCAAGCACUGACGGUCUCACCCGUGGAGCCGCUCAUUCUGCAGCCAUCCACCUAAUCAACGUCGCCUUUCCGGCUGCGACCGCCAGACGACCGCCUACUUACCAAUCAUUUUCAAGGAUUCGUGUGGCCCAGCGCUUGUGUCCUUAACCAUCGGGAUCCAUGCUAGGCAGCCUGGAAGCCAAAUCACCCUCCACUUCCUACAUGCUGCACUUCGAUUACGACACCGACGCCAUCUGCUUUGCUAGCUUCUCUCGGGGCGCCUAUCUGUUUAUCUUUGGCUAGAUGAGAAGAAACAGUCUAGUUUUUUUGGUGCCAAAUAUGGAACUCCGAUGCUAGUUUCCUCUAAACUUUGAAUCGACUUUCUAGCCAUUCUGGGUCAUCGCAUUACCUGAGAGAGCACAUUGGGUGGCCCAUUUCUCAAACGCCCUCGCGAGCCUCUAAAAGAUCAGCACCAUAUCCCUCAUCGAAAGCAAAAACAGAAACACCAGCAACACCAAAAGAGAUGAAUCCUCUACGUACUUCUACCCCUACGGUCCCGCAUGGACUAAAUCCGUGGCAAGGCCAUGGUUCACAGUCGUGUCCAGUCCCUUCUCAUAUUGCGACAUACCCCAGUCGAUUGUCAGGAGCAGAACGUCAGCCUGUCGCCUUGCCUAGCAGCCCUAUGACUCCUACGAGUACUUCUGGUCCAUGGUCGCCACGAGAUGAUGAAAUCCUCCUAGCAGCACGAGCUCAGGCUCAGGGCUGGAACCAAAUCCAGAGGGAUCACUUCCCGUCCAAAUCCGCUAAUGCCUGUCGAAAACGAUACGAGCGGUUGAUCGCAAAACGCCGCGGUUCUGAUUGGAAUGACGAACGCAUCGAUAGGCUCGCGAAUCAGUACAUGCAAAUGCGGGAGCAGACUUGGCGUCCUCUCGCCGACGCUGUCGGUGAAAAUUGGGAAGAUGUAGAGAAGCUGUGCCUUGAACGAGGUGCAAGAACCCUACUUCCAACGUUAGGACAGCGUGAAUUGCGCCGUGAGCAUGCUGAUCGUGAAGGCCGAGGUGGUAGCCAUGACAGCCAUGACGAAGAAAGACUCAGCAUACAUAAUUUAUUGCAAUAAAACAACCUGCAAUGAUUUCAUGGUUAUCCCACACCAAAGCAUACAUGUUCGGAAUUGCAAUUUCGCUUUUAUUUAAUUAUUUUGCCAUAUAAUAUCCUCUAUUCCCUCCUAUUUGCUUUCCCUCUAUAUGUUUGCCGUAUUUCUGAAGUUGUGCAUCAUUGGGGAUGGUGGCCUUUUGUUCCUGUG